AGCUUCAACUGUCAGAUCAUAUGGUUUUAAGGUUAUAUUAUUGUUUUUAAAAAAGAAUAAGUUGAAUAAUUUGUUAAUAUUUAGUUGUAUAAGUAACUUAUACCAUGGUGUACAUACAUUUUCCUGCUAAUUUUACUGAAGAAGAGCUUAUGCUUCAAGCAAAGUAUCAGAAACUGAAGAAAAAGAAAAAGGCUUUACAAGCAUUAAAAGCACCUAAACCAGAACCAGAAAAGCCUAUAUUACCUAAACGCCCUGCAGAAGCUAGAGAUGCCAGGGAAGUUGCAAAGAAAUUGAUAAAAUCUGGAGCCAUUAGUGCGAUACAGAAGGUUGAGAAAAGACCAGAACAGGCUUAUAAGAGACCAAGAGGAUUGGAAAGGAAACUUAUAUCUGAAAAAACAGUGAGUGGUUAUCAGCCAUUCUCAGCUGUCCAAGCCGACGAUGGUCCUGACAAUCCAGGGAAUCAACCACCCAGGAUUAAAAAUUUGUAUGACACUUUUGCAAACCAGAGAGACCGAGAAGAGAGGGGUUUAAGCGAGAAGCAACAAAGAGAAAAGGCUGAUAAGCCUAGACAAGGAAACACAAUUUACGUUUCUGGAUAUAAAAUUACCGAAGAAUUUCUCAAAAAACAUUUUGCUACAGUUGGAAAUAUUGUUAAUAUUUCAAUGGAAAUAGAAAAACAUCGUGGAUUUGUCACUUUUGAUAAGGUGGAGUGUGCAGAAAGAGCUAUUGCAGAGAUGGAUGGCAGUAUGGUAUCCGGUAUACAACUAAAAGUUUCUUUAGCUAGAAGACAACCUCAAAUAGAGCCCAUAAAUGAUGUCACUUCAUCAUCAACUUGGUCUACAUUGGCUGCAAGUCAUUCCCAAAAAGGAAGUCACAAGGAUAAAAGGGAUUUGGUCUCUUAUGAUGAUAUGCUUGAUUAAUUAAUGUAAUUUAUGAUGUUAAAGUAUUGACGUGUAUUUUAAGGAAUGUAAUAUUUAUAUUCAAUAAAAUCAAAUAAAAUAUA